AUGCUUCAAGUUUUAAUUGUGUUCGCGGUUGUGUUUUCGGCACUGUCCCUCGGCAGGAGGCUGUUUACUUCCACACCUUCAUUGGGGCCUCUACCCCCUGGACCGCCCCGAAAACUGAUAAUUGGGAAUCUAACCGACUUUCCUCCCAGGGGCGCUCGCCAAUGGGUUUUCUUUGAGAAGUUCCUGCAUCAAUAUGGUCCAAUUGCCUCACUGACAACAUUCGGACAAAUAAUCAUCCUCAUUAACAAUGCUCAUGUGGCAAUCGACCUCAUGGAGAGGAAAUCUGCGCACAGCCGGACCAUCCCAGAUGCCCCGUUCGCCGAAAUGGCAGGCUGGGGAAAGAGUCUUGCAACGGCAAGGAAUAUGGAGCUCUGGAAAGGAAUCCGAAAGAAUAUCAAAGUAGAGGUUGGGACGAGACGACUAGUUUCACGGUUUCACUCUAAACUCGACAUUUCGGUUCGGCGGUUCUUAGUUGGCGUGCUGGCAGAUCCAGACGAACUACGCGCUCUUAUCAGGAAGGAAGCGACUGGGUUCAUGCUGAACGCUGCGUACGGCUACACCAUCUCGCCUCACGGUCGAGAUCCGAUGUGUGAGAUCGCCCAACGAGCGCUGGGAGGAUUCGAAGAAAUCUUUACGCCAGGGAAUUGGCUUGUCAACUUCGUGCCUAUACUGCGACAUGUGCCCUCCUGGUUACCAGGCACUGGGUUUCUGGAGAAGGCAGCUGAAUAUGGCCAUAGUGCCCGACAGUUCACCGAUCUACCAUUUCAUUUCGCUAAACAUAAAAUGGCCCAGAGCUCCUUGGAGUCAUCCAUGCUCUCCAGACUACUUGAGCAGCAGGGCUCGUACGAACCCGGGUCCCUCGAAGAGGAUAUAUUAAAAUGGUCUGCGGCAGAAUUUUUUCUCGGAGGAAGUGAUACGAGCGUCUCAAUAGUGACGAGUUUCUUUUUGGCUAUGGCCCUUUACCCAGAUGUUCAACAAAAGGCACGCGCGGAGCUCGAUCAGGUUAUUGGGGAGAUGACGCUCCCGAAAUUCGAGCACCGGUCCAGCCUCCCGUAUAUUAAUGCCAUUGUGAAAGAGACUUUUCGCUGGCACCCAUCUUCUCCUCUAGGAGCACCGCAUAUACUUGAGCGAGACGAGAUCUAUCAGGGGUAUCUCAUUCCCAGGGGCGCGCUAUUGCUGCCGAAUAUCUGUGCAAUCACCCAGGAUACGAGUGUCUACCACGAUCCGAGGUCAUUCAAGCCAGAGCGCUUCCUGGCUAGUGAAGGACACCCGCCAGAAGCUGAUCCUGCGAAAUUCGUCUUUGGCUUUGGCCGCCGUAUAUGCCCUGGACGAUUUCUGAUCGAUGAAAAGGUAUUUUUAGUCGUCGCUCUAACUCUUGCGUGUCUUGAUAUAUCCCCCAAGGAUCCUCAUGCCCCAGAGCCUAAAUGGCAGGCUGGUCUCAUUAGUCACCCCGGGCCAUUUGACGUGAAGGUGGUCCCUCGAAGCCCUGAGCAUGAGGCCCUUAUUCGCUCCGUGGAGAGGGAGCAUCCUCCAGAGGCCAGCGACGCAGAUGACUUCAACCAGUUUGCAUUUUAUGGCGAUGUAUAGCUUGUUGAUUCAGGAGAAUGGUUAAUACGGUUCAUGUAAGGCCUGUGCCAUCGCGAUUUCUAGGCAUAGGUUAGGGAUCUAUGUGUAAGCCUAGAAUAACCCAGGGUAGCUAGUUUUCUGUAACCCUUGUUAUACUCCUUUCAUGUCCAGGCCUUUAAGAAGACUGCCCAGCACCUAGGUAGGUAAUGGGGGUUCACCAUCUCGCCGACAUAUACCCCAGUGCUACUUUCGGUAACCGAAGACGGGGACCGGAGUAGACGAUGGAGCGUUCACAGAAAUGAAUCAAUAACUCCCGCUAUUGAUCAGCGUAUUUAUUUCCUUUACUGAAAUUCCCUCUAUCCUGCUGAUUUAUUCCUUGCGGGAAUGCUCGCUUUUCAAGUUAGCAGGGAC